CUCUCUCACCCCAUCUCUGACUCUGACACAUCCCCCAAGGCAACAGCGCUGCAUCUCUCGACGCGACUCCCGACGAGAGAUCGCUCCCUCCCCGGCAUCCGCCCCCCGCAAUCGCGCGCGGCGCCAGCGAGCGAGCAGCCUGCUCCCCAAGUCCCGCCUCCUCCCCGGAGCUAGGGUUCCCGUCGGCCGCGUCGGUGGAGGCCAUGUCAGCUCCCGCGCUCCCCCGGAUCCCGGUGGCCUGACGCGGAUCCGGCGGUGGUGGACGUCUCCGCCCGUCAGAGGGGCGGGCAUGGCGUCCUCGCCGGUCAAGUUCUUCUCGGUGUUCCUCGCCGUCUCCGUCAUCGGAUGGGUCGUCUUCACAUUUGCUGCGAGAUUGUUAGCUUGGUUUUUGAGCCGUGUAUUACGUGCGUCCGUUGCAUUCCGAGUUGCUGGGUUCAAUUGCCUGCGUGAUGUGACAAUAAAGUUCAGUAAGGGUUCUCUUGAAUCCAUUUCAAUCGGUGAAAUUAAACUGAGUUUCCGCAAGUCACUUGUCAAACUAAGUUUCGGUGUUAUCUCGAAGGACCCAAAGGUGCAAUUGCUGAUAAAUGAUCUUGAAAUUGUAACUAGAUCAUCUUCUCAAAGCAAAAAAUCUAGCAAAUCCACAAGGCCUCGUUCUACAGGUAAAGGGAAAUGGCUGGUAACAUCAAGUAUGGCUAGACUUUUAUCAGUUUCUGUCGCAGAUCUGAUGAUCAAGGUACCGGAUGGUGCCGUUGACAUCAAAGAGCUAAAGGUGGAUACAUUUAAAAUUGCCGGACCUAAUCAUAUUCUUGGUGUUAAGUUGCUCCUAUUACCGUUGAAUGUACACCUUGGAGAUUUUGGGUUCACUGCUGAUCCAGUGGGCAACUGUAAUCAGCUUGAUGCUUUCCAGUCUGAUCAAGCUUCUCUAGCAAGUUCAGAGAAAUUCUUGGCUCCAUUUGUUUUUGAAGAUUUGUUGGUUACUUGUGAGUUUGGUCAUGAAAAGGAAAGAGGUGUUAAAAUUGUUAAUCUCGAAUUGGAAUGUGGAGAUGUUAGUGCCAACAUUGAUGAACGGCUCUUUCACAAGAAACACACAAAGCUAGGGAAUAAUAGUUUAUCUGAGAAUGCUGAAGAGGCUAUUCCGGGUACUUCACCAACCAAACUGUCAUCAAAAAGCAAAUCCAUUCUACCAGCACUGAAGAAGCAGAUGCUUGCGUUUCCGGAUAAGGUUAGCUUCAGUGUGCCGAAGCUUGAUGUGAAGUUCACACACCUGGGUGAAGGGCUUACUGUUCACAACAAUGUUAUGGGGAUCCACUGUACUAGUGUGAAGUCCCUGCCACAGGAUGAUUUAGAGGAAGCUACGCCACACUUUGACGUUCAAGUCGAUCUGAGUGAAAUUCAUUUAGUUAGAGAAGGCUCAAGCUCUCUGCUAGAAGUUCUUAAAGUUGCUGCGGUAGCUUCUUUGGAUAUUCCUUUGGACCCAUUUCUUCCAAUCAGAGCUGAGAUCGAUGCCAAGCUUGGUGGCACUCAAUGCAAUCUUAUGUUGAGCAGAUUGAUGCCAUGGAUGCGCCUUCAUUCCUUGAAAACCAAAGGAAUGAAGCUUUCCAAGGAAAACUCUCAUCUGGAAGUUUCUCAAACUAAGGAGAUCAAGCAAAUCAUGUGGACUUGCACAGUCUCUGCCCCAGAAAUGACUAUCAUGCUUUACAGCUCUAGUGGAUUGGUAUUGUAUCAUGUAUGUUGCCAGUCAUCACAUUUGUUUGCAAAUAACAUUGCAAGCAAGGGGAUUCAGAUACACACUGAGCUUGGUGAAAUGCUGGUGCACAUGGAAGAUGGGUAUAGAGAAUUCUUGAAGGAAAAUAUAUUUGGCGUGGAUACUUACUCUGGUUCCCUAAUGCACAUUGCUCGGGUGAGCCUUGAUUGGGGAUACAGGGAAAUUGAGGUCCAAGAUAUGGCUGAAACUAGUAGACUUGCUCUUGUAUUUUCUGUCGAUAUCAGUGGCAUAGGAGUAAAGUUUAGCUUUAAGCAUUUGGAAUCUCUUGUGCUCAAUUUGAUGUCCUUUAGGACUCUAUUGAAGGAUCUUUCAUCCUCUCGCGAAAGGGCUAAAGAAAACAAUUUGGAGCAUAGAGGAAAAAAGAAAACAAAAGGUGUUGAAAUAUUGAAAUUAAGCCUACAGAAGUUCUCCAUUACUUACAGUGGUGAUGUAAAUAUAUUAAAUAUGCCAAUUGCUGAUCCAAAGCGUGUGAACUAUGGGAGUCAAGGGGGUCAAGUAAUUGUCAAUGUCUCUGCUGAUGGCACACCACGUAGGGCAACUAUAGCUUCUGAACAACCAGGCUGUGGCCGCAACUUGAGGUUUUCUGCAUCUUUAGUUAUCUCUCAUCUCUCUGUAUGUAUAGACAAGGAGAAAAAGUCAACACAAGCAGAAUUGGAACGGGUGAAGACAAUCUAUGAGGAAGAUCAUAGCUCUGGCGGCAAAGUGACCUUACUAGAUAUGCAGAAUGCUAAAAUUGUGCGCCGAUCUGGUGACCUUACUGGUGUUGCUGUUUGUUCCCUCUUCAGUGCAACAGACAUUAAUAUCAGAUGGGAACCUGAUGCUCAUUUAGCUCUGUUUGAGACCUUGGUACGCUUUAAGUAUUUCCUGCAUCAUAACAAGUUCCAGAGUUCUGAGAAGCUGAGCAAUACUCAAAAUGGCAAUAUCAAAGAGAAGUCUGACAAAAGAGGGUCAAUUUUUGCCGUUGAUGUGGAGGUCUUGAGAAUAUCCGCUGGGCUCGCAGAUGGUGUAGAAGCAAACAUGCAAGUACAAUCUAUCUUCACGGAAAAUGCCAGGAUAGGUGUACUGUCUGAGGGCCUUUCUCUCAGUCUUAAUGGUGCCAGAGUUCUAAAGAGCACACGGAUACAAAUCUCUUGUAUUCCUUUUGCUACUGGACAUUUGCCGAAUGCAAAGGUUGAUCCAUCAUCCAAAAGAGAUUGGGUCAUUCAAGGGCUAGAUGUCCAUGUUUGCAUGCCAUACAGGUUGCCAUUGCGUGGCAUAGAGGAUGCUGUUGAAGACACGAUCCGUGCGCUAAAGCUGGUCUCUGCUGCCAAAAGAAGUAUAGUGUUUCCUGAUGGGAAAGAGAACUUAAAAAAGGUUAAGCCUGGAACUUCCAGUUUUGGAUCUGUAAAGUUUGUGUUGCGUAAACUCACUGCAGAAAUAGAGGAGGAGCCAAUACAGGGUUGGCUCGAUGAACAUUACCAUUUGAUGAGGAACAAAACUUGUGAAUCGGGAGUUAGGUUGAAAUUUCUUGAUGAUGCUAUAUCAGGAAUUGUAGAUCCUAACCAUUGCAGCUCCGAGGGAAAAGUUCUCUAUGAUGGCAUUGAGGUUGACUUGCAUGACACUGCAGCUCUUCAAAGGAUGCGGGAAGAAAUCCAUAAGAAAGCAUUUCGAUCAUAUUAUUUAGCUUGUCAGAAAAUGGUCUUUGCAGAAGGGUCAGGAGCGUGUACAGAAGGUUUUCAAGCUGGAUUCAAGCCAAGUUCACGGAGAGCUUCACUUCUUUCACUUUCUGCUUCUGAAUUGGACAUUACUUUGACCAGGAUAGAGGGUGGGGAAACAGGGAUGGUUGAAUUCAUAAAGGAGCUUGACCCUGUUUGUCAGGAGAAAGAUAUACCAUUCUCUCGGCUAUAUGGGAGUGAUAUUGCUGUCCUUGCAGGGUCAUUGGUAAUACAAGUGAGAGACUAUACAUCUCCUCUCUUUUCUGCAACCAGUGGGAAAUGCCAAGGCCGUGUGGUGCUAGCCCAGCAGGCAACAUGUUUUCAACCCCAAAUACACCAAGAUGUAUAUAUUGGCAGAUGGCACAAGGUCACAAUGCUACGUUCUGCCAGUGGUACCACACCGGCAAUUAAAUUGUACUCCAAUCUACCUGUUUAUUUCCAGAGAGGAGAGAUUUCUUUUGGUGUUGGUUAUGAGCCAUCUUUUGCUGAUAUAAGUUAUGCAUUUCAAGUAGCCCUGCGGAGGGUUAAUCUUAGCACCAGAGAUAGAAAUUCUGGUUUAGCAAACCAACCACCUAAAAAGGAGCGCAGCUUGCCAUGGUGGGAUGACGUUAGAUAUUACAUCCAUGGAAAAAUAAUUCUAUAUUUCAGUGAGACCAAAUGGAGCCUUUUGGCAACAACUAAUCCUUAUGAGAAGGUAGAUAGACUGCAAAUUGUUUCUGAAUACAUGGAGAUCCAGCAAACGGAUGGGCAUGUAGAUGUUUCUGCAAAGGAAUUCAGGAUGUAUAUCAGCAGCUUAGAGAGUAUGAUGAAGAAUUGCAGCUUGAAAGUUCCAUCUGGUGUGCCCAGGCCUUUUAUUUACGCUCCUCUGUUCUCCCUUAGUGUGAUUAUUGACUGGCAGUGUGAAUCUGGUAACCCAUUGAAUCAUUAUUUGCAUGCGCUCCCUAUUGAGGGUGAGCCAAGGAAGAAAGUUUAUGAUCCAUUUCGAUCUACUUAUCUAUCUCUUAGGUGGAACUUCUCCCUUAGACCUUUGCAAGUACAGUCUGAUAAUGCUGCAUCAGCUUCCUGUUAUGCAAACAGUCCAAUGCUAAGUGGAACCAUCUCCGGCAAUUGUUCCACAGUGGCUGAUGUUGAUUUUCCAACAAUGAACCUGGGCGCCCAUGACCUUGCUUGGGUUUUCAAAUGGUGGAGCUUAAACUACAGCCCCCCACACAAACUGCGUUCUUUCUCUAGAUGGCCUCGAUAUAAAAUUCCUCGAGCUGCUAGAUCUGGUAACCUCUCAAUGGAUAAAGUUUUGGUUGAGUUCUUUUUCCGGGUUGAUGCUACUCCCUGUUGCAUAAGACAUGCAACUUUAACUGAAGAUGAUCCUGCUAGUGGCUUGACCUUUAAAAUGUCAAGGUUGAAGUAUGAAUUGUGUUACAGUCGAGGUAAACAGAAAUAUACAUUUGAUUGUAAGCGUGAAUCUCUGGAUCUUGUUUACCGUGGACUUGACCUUUACAAGCCUGAGGUUUAUCUAGUACGAGAUGUUAACUUGUCCUCAGCUGAAAAUGUGUCCAAAUUAAAGACUAGUAGCCACCAGUCACUGGGCAAAAUUGCUAAUGACAAAUGCAGCAUGGGCAAUUUUCAAGAAAAACAUGAGGAAGGCUUCCUCUUGUCUUCUGAUUAUUUCACGAUAAGAAGACAAGCUCCAAAGGCAGAUCGUGCACGACUUACAGAAUGGCGGCAGGAUGCUGGUAGGAAUAUUGAGAUAGCAUAUGUUGGAUCUGAGUUUGAGAAUGGUGGUGAAAGUGACCAUCCUCUAUCUGAGCCUAGUGAUGAUGAUGAUGGUUUCAAUUGGAUGUUGGCGGACAAUUGCCAACGGGUAUUUGUGUACAGUCUCAGGCUUUUAUGGACCAUUGAGAACCGAGAUGCAGUUUGGUCAUGGGUUGGAGGAAUUUCCAAAGCAUUUGAACCCCCGAAACCCUCUCCUUCGCGACAAUAUGCACAAAGAAAGAUGAUUGAGGAAAGGCAGAAUGCAGAUGGCUCUAGAUUAACUCAAGAUGCUAUCUCUUCUAUCCAUGUUGGUUCUCCUUCGGUGCAACAUGCUGAGGCUCUGAGCUCUACUUCCCCAUUACAUAUGAAGUAUGGCAUGUUUGAUGAUUCAGAUAAGGGAGGGAAUCUCCAUUUUAUGGUUAAUGUUGUCAAGCCCCAGUUCAACCUACAUUCUGAAGAAGCCAAUGGUAGAUUUCUGCUCGCUGCAGCCAGUGGGCGUGUUAUCGCACGUUCAUUUCAUUCAGUUGUUCAUGUUGGGAAAGAGAUGCUAGAGCAAGCACUGGGGACCAGCAGUCUGCACAUUCCUGAAUUGCAACCUGAAAUGACCUGGAAAAAAGCUGAUCUCUCAGUAUGGCUCGAAGAUGUUCAAGCUCAUGUUGCACCGACUGAUGUGGACCCUGGUGCAGGCCUGCAGUGGCUUCCUCGUAUUCUUGGCAGUUCUGAGAAAUUGAAGCGCACAGGGGCCUUGUUAGAGAGAGUAUUUAUGCCUUGCCAGAUGUACUUCAGUUACACUAGACAUAAGGGUGGAACUGCAGACUUGAAGGUUAAGCCGUUGAAGGAACUACGUUUCAAUUCUCCAAACAUAACUGCAACAAUGACUUCACGCCAGUUUCAAGUUAUGUUGGAUGUGCUUAGCAAUCUCCUAUUCGCAAGACUUCCCAAGCCUCGGAAAAACAGUCUCCAGUAUCCAUCAGAUGAUGAGGAUAUUGAAGAAGAGGCUGAUGAGGUGGUUCCUGAUGGAGUAGAAGAGGUGGAACUUGCAAAGAUUAAUCUCGAACAGAAGGAAAGGGAGAGGAAGUUACUGCUUGAUGAUAUAAGAUCCCUAACCGGAAGCAGUGAUUAUCAUAUGGAUCUUUCUGCAGAAAAGGAUAAUUCUUUAUGGAUGAUUAACAGUGCGAAAACUUCAUUGGUGGAAGGACUCAAGAGAGACCUUCUAAAUCUCCAGAAGUCUCGAAAAUUCGCAUCUUCUGCACUAAGGAAAGCACUGCAAAAGGCUGCCCAGUUACGCUUGAUGGAGAAAGAAAAGAACAAAACACCUUCUUGUGCCAUGCGAAUUUCUAUGAAAAUUAGCAAAGUUGUAUGGAGCAUGCUUGCAGAUGGAAACACUUUUGCUGAAGCUGAGAUCAGUGAUAUGGGGUAUGAUUUUGAUAGAGACUACAAAGACAUUGGUGUUGCUCGGUUUACAACAAAGUACUUCGUUGUGCGGAAUUGCAUGGCUAAUGCCAAAUGUGAUACAUUACUGUCCGCUUGGAAUGCACCUCCUGAAAAAGGUGCCAUGCUUCGUGUGGAUGCGAAGCAAGGUGCUCCGAAGGAUGGGAAUUCUCCGCUUGAGCUCUUUCAGGUGGAGAUCUACCCACUGAAAAUAUAUCUGCCUGAAGCAAUGUAUAGAAUGAUGUGGGACUAUUUCUUUCCUGAGGAAGAUGAUUCUCAAAGACGCCAGGAUAUUUGGAGGGUUUCAACAUCGACUGGAUCUAGAAGAACCAGAAGAAUAUCUUCUGGUGCUGAGGCUGUUGCUUCUACCAGCUAUUCUGUUAGAGAACAUGAGCUUCCUGGCAGAUCAGGUACAACCAUUUCCACUUCAACGAACGUCUCAAGUUGGCAAGGCAUACAUGGCGACAAUUCUCAGGUAUCCAAAUUGCAGUCUCUAAAGGCCAAUAUGGUCUGUGGUUCACAUCCAGAGUUGCGGCGGACAUCUUCAUUCGAGAGGACUUGGGAAGAAAGUGCAGCAGAAAAUAUCACAAGUAAUGAUGUGGUAUCACUGCUGAAUUCCUCGAAUGUUUCUUCAAAAGGGGACACCAUCAAUUCUACGGCAGAGAACACUGUUGCAGCUGCUGAGAUGUUCAGGACUAAGACUAAAGACUCCAAGUCCAUCAAGUCUGGCCGUUUAUCUCACGAGGAAAAGAAAAUAGGGAAAUCCCAUGAUGAAAAAAGGACAAGAGCUAGGAAAUUGAUGGAAUUCCAUAACAUCAAGAUUAGCCAGGUUGAACUUCUUGUUACAUAUGAGGGAUCGAGGCUUGCAAUAAAUGACUUAAGGCUGCUUAUGGAUACAUUCCACCGUGUAGAGUUCACUGGUACAUGGAGGAGAUUGUUCUCAAGAGUAAAAAAACAUAUCAUUUGGGGUGUUUUGAAGUCAGUGACCGGAAUGCAGGGGAAGAAGUUUAAGGCCCAGAACCAGAGGGAAACACUUCCAGAAAAUGAUCUUAAUUUCAGCGACAGUGAUGGCAGUCAUCAUGGAAAACCUGAUCAGUUCCCUGUAUCAUGGUUAAAGAGGCCUGGUGACAGUGCAGGUGACGGAUUUGUCACAUCAAUUAGAGGUUUAUUCAAUUCACAACGCCGUAAAGCAAAGGCAUUUGUCGUGCGGGCAAUGCGAGGCGAUGGAGACAAUGAAUACCAUGACGAGUGGAGUGACAGCGAUGGUGAGUAUCCGUUUGCUAGACAACUAACUGUUACAAAGGCUAAGAAGCUCUUCCGUAAAAAGUUCCGCCAGAGAGGGCAAAAGAGCAUAGGACCAUCAUUGCAAGAUUCACUCCCAUCUAGUCCACGUGAAACAACACCAUACCAAAGUGAUUCGUCGGAGUCAUCUUACGAGGACUUCCAUGAGUAGAGAAGCAAUGCAGGUAGGUCAGGAAAUUUAUUCUACAACCAAUACAAGGACAUGCAAAAUAUUUUCAACUCCUACAUUUGGUGAAUAGAUAGAAGAAGCAACUAUUCCCCAGAAAAGGAUGUUGGAAUAGCCAGUGAUCACCGAUGUAUAGUUCUACCAGUUAUGCAUAGUCUUUGGGGUCAGCUCUUGGAAACUCCCCCUUGUAUAUAGUAGAGUGGUGGAGACAGCGGAGGAUCUUGUGUUGCGUAUGUAGUCGGUAGCUUGGUGUAACUAAUCAUAUCCUUAAUUAUAUGGGCCUUGUAAGUUAAAUAAGAGGCUUCUCAUACUCUCUGCAGCACCAUCAUGAAAGUAAAAUCCGUAUCUCGUGGCUCAGAACAUUUGUCGUUUUUCUUUUCUCUGUAUAUUCGCUAUGCAUGAAAUAUUUGGAUCUACAUUAUUGAUGUGGUUUUUUUUAACCGAAAUAUAUCAAUGUAAUUACUGAACA